CACAAUUAGGAUCAGUGGCGUGCUUCGUUGGGGUGGGUCUUCCAUGCCGCCAUUUUCCGCAACCUUACUAGGCUCUUCUUUGCCUGUUCUAUUUGAGUCGGCGCUCAUUCAUGUUGCUUCUUUGGCGCCCUAUGCUGUUCCGGUGCUUAGUUUUGUCAGUUCAAUUGUUGCGACCAAGGAUGCAUGUGGGUUCAAGAUAAACGAGAAAGCGAAGCGAAAAAAAAAAGUUAUCUAAGACGAAAAACCACAGUGCCUCAUCCUCCUCUCCACCGCAGCACCAGCAGAAAUUUCCAGCUACUCCUCUACCGGCCCUUCAUUCACGAGUGAUAGGCCCUCUCUAUCUUUCUCUCUAUCCCCCUCUCACUGUCUGGCGUCCCUUUCUCUGUCGGAUGUGUCCUUCUUCUUGUUAAUUUUGUGUUUCGCAGUUUCUGUUGCAGCUCUUCCUCCUAUCCGCAGCACCACUCAGCUGGCCCUAGGCCGGGCAAACUCCUGCAAGGACGAUGUUCAUAUAUUGUAAGACUCGGUGAUGAAGGCUUCUUUAAGUAGCAGGCACCUUCACCGUUCAGAUCAUUUAGACAAAUGGAACCAGGCCACUUUUUCAGGCUCAUUGAUACAUUUAAGAUUCACUUGUUGAGCUUGGGCUCUUUGCAUCUUUCCCUCUCUCUCAUAGCUCAUAUCAUAUGUUGUAUACAACUUUAUAACAGGUGUCCUAAAUGUAUGUGCUUAUCAUGGCUAAGCGACGAAUCUCUCCUUGGGUUGCAAUCAAAGCCAGGGGUUUUAGUGUCUCCCAAGUUGCAGUUGAAUCUUAUUCGUGUUAUAAGCCUCUGGAAGAUGAACAUAAAAGUUACUGUUGCAAUAUGAUUGACAACCUACUUGGCCGGCACAUGGUAUCUGUAGCACAGAGAGUUCUUGUGCGUAUGGUUGUUCGGACCCCGUCUGUCUCUGAACUUACAUCAGUUAUUGAUUUUGCUUCAGCUCGAGGUUUGCACCUUGAUUUGAUUGGUUGCAAUUCUAUUUUGUCAAGUCUUUCUAGGUCUCAUAGGUAUCAUGAAGCCAGAGAGAUUUAUGAGGAUAUGGUUAGGAGGGGAAUGGUGCCAGAUUUCUCAAUGAUGAACUCUAUGAUAAUUUGCUACUGUAAGCUGGGAUUGUUGGAUGAAGCUAAUGUCCUUAUGGGCAAUUUGAUCCAUACGGGUGGUCACGUUUCUGUGCCUGUUUACAGUGAAUUAGUUCUCCAGCUAUGUCUCAACCAGAGGCUGUGUGAUGCAGUCAAUCUCUUUUUUGUAAUGGCGGCAAUAAGUUGUUUCCCACAUUUGAUGUCCUUCACAGUUCUUCUUGAUCAGCUAUGCCGCAACGAUAAUUUAGAAGAUGCCCUUAAGGUAUUUUAUGCUAUGCUCGGUUCAGGUGCGAGGCCUAAUUUUCACUUGUUCAAAUCAUUAAUAUGCCUUUUGUGCAAGAAAUGCAGAUUUAUGGAAGCUGGUUAUAUGUGCAAAACAAUGGAGUCAUUUGGUCUAUUUCCUGAUCAGGGUCUCUAUACAUUUGUGAUUCAUGGCUUUUGUAAGAUGGGAGAGAUGGAAAUUGCAACCAGCUUGUUCCAGAGAAUGCAGGAGAUAGGCUGCCAUCCAGAUAUUUAUGCCUAUAAUACAUUGAUUUAUGGGUUUCUGAAUUGUGGGGAUCUAGAAUCUGCAUGGCAAUUUGUUAACCAGUUGCGAAAGGAUGGCUUAAAUGCUAAUGUCGUCACAUAUGGAUUGUUGAUCAGUAAGUACUGUAAAAUUGGAAAUGUUGAUUGUGCUUUGGAGGUAUUUUUUGAUAUGGAACGUAAUGAUUGCAUUCCAAAUUUGCACUGUUACACUGCAUUAAUUAGUGCCCUUCACAAGGAAAAUAAGACUGAGAAAGCUGAUCAGUUAUUAGAUAAGAUGCUGGACAAUGGCUUACUGCCAGAUACGAAGAUGUUUAUGUGCUUAGUUCGCUCCUGUCCAAAAGGGCAUGAGCCAAGUCUUGCUCUUAAGCUUUUGCAUGCUGCCACAAGACAUGGGCAUGCUGCCCAGUCAUCCUUAUCUUCAAAGUCUACUUGUGUGGAGAAUCCAAAACUGGAGAUUGAUCUUUUGUUUAAUGAAAUCAUUGGAAAAAGUGUGCUUCCUGCUGAUGUGGUAUUCAAAAUCCUUAUAAAUGCUUCAUGUGCUGGAAAGAAACCCGACCUUGCAUUUCACCUUAUGGAUAAAAUGAUCAACCAUGGAUGUCACCCAGAUCUUUCCACAUACAACACCUUGAUCAAGUGUCUUUUGAAAGAGAACCGGAUUGGGGAUGUAGAAUCACUUACAGUUGCAAUGUUCGCAAGAGGUUUGGUUCCUAAUGUGGCAACUUACACGGUGGUGAUUGAUGCACAUUGCAAGAAUGGUGACCUUGAUACUGCACUUGAUGUUUUUGAGAAGAUGAUCUCUGAAGGAAUUGAGCCAACUGUUGCAACUUAUGAUUGUAUAAUUGGUGGAUUAUGCAAAGAGAAAAAAAUUGAUGAAGCAGAAGCUAUGUUUAAGAGGAUGCGCGAUGGAGGGAUCAUACCAGAUGCUGUUAUUUACACAACAAUGAUUAAUGGUCUGUCCAAGGUUGGAAGAGCAAGGAAAGCCUGUUACCUAUUUGCUGAAAUGAUUGAUGCUGGACUUAGGCCAAGUGUUCAUACUUAUGGUGCAGUGAUAAAUGGAUUAAUCAAGAGAGACAUGAUUUGGGAAGCUUGUCAGUAUGUUGUUAGCUUGAUGAAUGAUGGGUUUGCUCCAGAUGUUGUCCUAUACACGAUGGUGAUAAAUCAGUUUGGCAGGAAAGGAGAAAUUGACCUUGCUCUGGACUUUGCCAAGCAAAUGGCCCUAAACCUGAUUAAACCAGAUUUGUUUACGUUUGGAUCACUUAUUAACAAUAUUUCCAGGGAUAUCUCUGACAGAUCAAGGUUACAUCCUCUGUUGCAUGACCAUGUAAUUAUGGAUAAAGCAAGGCAGAUGCUUUUCAGCUUACUCUGUCAGACAGUUUUAGGCUCAAGACGUUUAGGUAGAGCCAUCAGUUGCAGUUCAUCUGUAGAGAAAAUUGCUGUGGCACUAAAUUUAAUGAAGGCUGUCACAGACUGUGAGCUUGUUCCGGAUCUUUACAUCUACAAUGCAAUGAUCCAUGGAUUUUGUAAAUCAAGCAUGAUGCAAGAUGCCUAUGAUCUGCUAGAUUCAAUGAUGGUUGAAUCUGGUAUUGUUCCCAAUAAGGUGACAUUUACCAUACUUAUUGAUGGUCAUAGCCGUCUUGGAGAAAUUGGUCAGGCUGUUAUGUUAUUCAACUGGAUGAGCACAUACUGGUUUUCUCCAGACAAAGCGACAUAUAAUGCACUUCUAAAAGGUUUCUGCUUGGUUGGAAGACCCCUUGAUGCAUUAUCACUUGUAUAUAUGAUGCAUAAGAGGGGAUUGUCACCCAAUAGGAAUACUUUUAAUAUGUUGAUUCAGUGCCUCUACCUUAAAAAUUACACUGAUUGUUCAUUCAGAAUUUUUACUGAGAUGCUUAUGCAUGGUUAUGCACCUUCUCGUAAAACCUAUAACAGAUUGAUCUGCCUCUUAUGCGAAGAAAACAAGCUACAGCAUGCUCAUGAGGUUUUUGAUUCGAUGCUUAAAAGGGGAAAGCUUCCAAAUGAGACAACCAAGAAGCUCUUAGUAGACACAUGCUAUCAAAAGGGAGAAUUUCAACUGGCUUUUAUGGUUGAAGAAAAUAUUCCUGUUUAUGAAGGUUGAUAUAUCCCUCAUAUUUGCAGCUGAAUGCCAUUUAAUGUUGCCGGGCCUCCUUUAUGAUUUCUACACACUUUGGGGGUAAAGCAUCCUUUACUAUGUCAACUUUUGCCUUUGCAUUCUAUAAGCACUUAUUGUUUCUUCUGCCAUUGGCUGUUCAACAGUCGGUUGGCCUAACUGGGCACACAAUUUGAGAUUUCAUUUAGUAAUUGAUGGACACAUGAUUUGUUGAAUAGAGACAUGAAGGAAACAAUCAUAUUCAAGCGCUAUGGAUUGAUGAUCAUCUAAAUCAAACUGAGCACCAUUGGAUAGGGUCUGCACUUUAAAGGUCUCCCGUGAAGAGUGCUGUUGGAGCCAUCUGUGCGUGAUUGUGCAGUUUCUCAAAUGAUUCUUCCUUGCCAAGGAUAAUGAGUAUGCUACAAAGAAACCCAUUACCACAUACAUCUAAGAUUUGAGCAAUGAUUGUACAAUGCCAUAUACCACCACUUUUCUGUCUUGUGGAAUAAGAGAAGCAUGGUGAAUGGAAAUUGGUACAAGCUCCAGUGGGUUAUUGAUUACCUGAAAGCAAAAAUAGAUUGAAACAGUGAAGUGACGAGUAUUUUGCCGGGACCAGAUGGAGAAUGCCUUGUCUCAGUGGGAUGCGAACUUUUCAGUUCAAGGUAAACUUACUAUAUGCGUGUUGCGCCAAAGAUGCACUGUUAGUAUCGAUGGUGCCAAACCGUCAAGUACAUCGGAGUAAUACAGACGAGCAGGGAUCUUUGCUUCGUUAAAGAGGAUACAGGAUGUCAAUAGAUCGAACUUGCACUCUACCCACCUGUGGUCCGGCCUUGAUUCUGAUGUGGAUGCUGUGUAGGUAAAGGAGAUUGUGUUUCUCCAAAAGCAUCCUUUCAACGUGUCUUGCGGACCUACUGAUAUCGUGCACGGAUCGAAUGAGGUUGCUGGUUACUUUACUUACGGCAAACCUCUUUUCCCUGUUAUAACCGAUGAACUGAACCAACAUCGAUUUUGAUCUCAUAGGGUUAACAAGGAAGGUAGUAUGCCUCCGUGGCGUCGUGCAGACUUGACCAGCUUUAUCAGCUCUAUAUUUCGACGAAUAAAUAUAUAACAUUUUUCCAAAGAGAUAAGAAAAGAAAUUGGGGAAGAAAAAAAAGGAAAAACACACUCAUCCAUUGAAGGGAUGACAGAAACAUGUUUAAAUUUGAAUAUGUUACAUUUAACUGCCCAGUAAAAAGGCAGUCGAAAGAAAAUCAAACUUAAACGAUGACGGCCAAUUUGAAAUCCAUGGCUCAUGGCCUUGCCCUGCAGUGUGAAAUCAUUUUAGUGCAUCACCGGAAAGAUCGGCAUCAUGGGAGGAACUUAUUUGAAAAUAUGGACGGACCUUAUUUUUUGCUGGAAUGCAGUUUUGGAAGCUUAUAGAAAGGCGGUUCUUUGUAGCUUUCUCGUAUUCCCUUUGAUUUCCGAUGGCAACCAAGUUAUCUUCACUAUUGCUAUUUCUUCUAAAGAGAUUGGACUGGCUAUCAGCCUAUGACGCUGUCUUUUCAUACGUUAGAAUAAAGCAUAUAUUUUCCUCUCCUAGUUACUGAGC